CCCGCCCGAUGUCCAUGAGCGCGAACACCAUGAUCUUCAUGAUUCUGGGGGCGUCGAUCGUGAUGGCCAUCGCGUGCUUGAUGGACAUGAACGCGCUGCUGGACCGAUUCCACAACUACAUCCUCCCGCACCUGCGGGGCGAGGACCGCGUCUGCCACUGCAACUGUGGCCGGCACCACAUCCACUACGUGAUCCCGUACGACGGGGACCAGUCGGUGGUGGACGCCUCCGAGAACUACUUUGUGACGGACAACGUGACCAAGCAGGAGAUCGACCUCAUGCUGGGGCUGCUGCUGGGCUUCUGCAUCAGCUGGUUCCUGGUGUGGAUGGACGGCGUGCUGCACUGCGCCGUGCGCGCCUGGAGGGCCGGCCGGCGCUACGAUGGCUCGUGGACCUGGCUGCCCAAGCUGUGCAGCCUGCGGGAGUUGGGCCGGCGGCCGCACAGGCCGUUCGAGGAGGCCGCGGGGAACAUGGUGCACGUGAAGCAGAAACUCUACCACAACGGCCACCCCAGCCCGCGGCACCUGUGAGCCGCACAUGGACUCGCCGGGGCCGCUGGCCGCUGUGCAGAGGCAAAAGGGACCUCGGGGACGCCCAGGCCGGUGGGACUGGACAGCGGCCUCGGGCCCAGGGUGUCCGGGGCUGUGGCCGGCCGGGCAAGUCCAGUGGAAGGUGCUGUCUCCUCUUCUUUUUAUAAAGGGGGUGGGGU